AUGCGCUUGCCGCUGCUCGUGUCCGCGGGUGUCCUGCUGGUGGCUCUCCUGUCCUGCCCGCCAUGCAGGGCCCUCCUCAACAGGGGGCCCGUCCAGGGAGCCCGUCAGGCCCCACAGCCCCUGGAUUUCUUCCAGUCGCCGCCGCAGCCCCAGCAACCCCAGCAGCCGCAAGCUCGUCCCGUCCUGCUCCGCAUGGGGGAGGAAUACUUCCUUCGCCUGGGUAACCUGAACAAAAGCCCUGCUACUCCCUUCUCGCCGGUGUCUUCUCCUCUUGCCAGUGGUAGCGGUAGCGGCAGCAGCACCGGCAGCCGCCUCUCUACCGACGAGGCUGCCGCCAACUUUUUCCGCGCUUUGCUGCAGCAGCAGCAGCAGCAGCAGCAGCUGCUGCUGCCUCGGCGCCCGCUCGACAGCCCAACUGGUCCCACAGGGCGCGGAGCCGAGAACGCCCUCGGCGGCCGCCAGGAGGCACUGGAGAGGGAGAGGCGAUCCGAGGAGCCGCCCAUUUCGCUGGAUCUCACCUUCCACCUCCUCCGAGAGGUCUUGGAAAUGGCUAGGGCGGAGCAGUUAGCGCAGCAAGCUCACAGCAACAGAAAACUGAUGGAGAUUAUUGGGAAAUGA